AUGGCGCAGAAGAAGGAAGUAAAAAGGGCUACUAAGCAGAUUGAUGCUUCUCUAAAUGAACCAAUUAACAAAGAUGCUCCACCCACGAUUUACGGAACCAACGUCAAGCCAGAGUUAGCUAACGCUGUCUUGAAUCUGUCAGUGGACUUCUUGAAACAACAGCAGGCACUAGCAAAUGGUUUUGUCAUGUGGCACCCAAAGACAUGGAUAAGUGUGUUGUUGGCCGCUACUCUGUACCUCGUUUCUCAUGCAACAUGGCCCAGGAACACCAGAACCGUCUCAGGCUUUGUCAUGCAGUUUGUUUUGAUGAAUCAAACGGUUUUGUUGACUUUUUUAAUUGUCGUUGUGCUAUCCACGUCCAUGAUUUUUACGCUGCUAUCGAAAUUCACCGAAAAGAUGUUUCAGGAAAAGAUUGACCGCGUUGUGCAAUCAGACGGAGACGUUGUCUUUGACUUUGGGCUCACUAAGCUUGCAAAUGGUACUCUUAAGGACAAGAGCAAGCUUCAAAACUCCCAGGUUAUUGUCUACAGAGAAACGCCUAUAGCAUUGGUGAACAUCAUGGAGAACAAGGCGAUGUCCACCAAGUACUCGUUGGUUAUGGGCAUCUCCACAAUCGGUUGUCGUAGGGUCUACAUCAAAAGCGGCAUUAUCGAAGAUCUGUUGGACUGGGCUUUAAUCCGCACCAAAAACAUUCAAAAUGACAGUCGCCAAUAUCAGUCCGAUAAGCCCAUGAAGCUAUUAGUUGACGUGUAUUCCUUUGACAAAAAUUUAAGAGAGACGUUGGCGAAGAAGGGAUUUUCGUUGGUGAAGUCUUACAAGCUUCCGGAGUCUAGGCUGCUGGGUCAAAUCUUUGGGGUCAGAAAAGAACUUUGGGGUGUUCAGUUUCACUACGACGCUAAGAAGCAAAAAUAA